AUGACUGUUUGGCCUACGUGGAUUCAGUAUUUUACUGCCAUGAUAGCGUUGAAUAUAGACGGUUCUAAAAUUUCUUUAAUCCCGGACAACGCAUUAGACCCGCAGAUCAACACAUUAGAAAGUCUUUCCAUCAACAACGGAAGCUUGUCUUCAGUUCCAAAGGCGUUGUCCAAACUCAAAGCCCUAACAUCACUGGACCUAAGCAACAAUCACAUAGUGGAUGUGUCAUUUCUGCCACAGCUCUGUAAUCUCUCUUCUCUAUCUAUAUAUAAUAACAGAAUCGCCAAUGCAAGUGUGUUAAGUAAUGCAUUAAGGGCUUUUGGUGACUCCAUGUAUGACUUAGAGACAGGGAAUAAUCUUCUAACUGCUAUACCAGAUUUCUCUUCUCUCACAAAAGUAAGUGUGAUAGAUCUAAGUCGCAACAGAAUUUCAAACCCACAUUCUGGGCUAAUUCCCAUAUCUGUUUAUGAUAUUGACUUCAGUUAUAAUUUUCUUCCUACUAUUCCAUCCGUCUGGCCCAUAAUGCCAACAGUAACGGAAAUGAAAUUGUCAAACAACAUUAUAACUACGAUCCAAGCCAUUUAUUUUAAUAACUGGACUUAUCAAGUAGAGCUUAGCAACAACCUAAUCACAGAGCUGAGUGAUAACAGUUUUCCUCCAUAUUCUACAGUUAGAGCUUUGUAUUUGAAAAAUAAUCCAGUAAAAAGAAUUUCUAACAACGCAUUCAGAAAUUUGCCUCAGCUCAUAGACCUCGAUCUUGGAGGGUCAAAACUGACGCGCCUUCCACUACAGCUGGCUUCUAUAACCACUUUGACCAGCUUGGACAUGAGCGACUCUAUCUACCUGGUGUGUACCUGUGUAGAGAAGUCUUUACAGCCAUGGAUUCAGAAACUGAUGCAAGUAUACGGGGAUUGUGGUAAGGGCUCCAUACAGUAUUUCUUUACGUCGCUAAGUCCGGGUUGUCCUGAUUAG